AUGGCCCACAACGCCGUGAGCUCUUUGAAUUCCGCAGAUACUGUUCCCGAACAUACGCUCUGCCGAUGGCAAAGUCUCUUCGGCUAUUCUGCUAGGGAAGCAGCUACUCAUAUUGAACGUCACCGGGCAGAUUUGAACCGUCCACGGGUCUCAGAUCAACAUUGGGCCUUGGUUCGCGAAGCCAAAGAGGCUGAAGGUCAUGACAGGGAGAGUUACGAAUACUUCAUGUCAAUCAGCCCGGUGAAAGGCACGCAAAAGAAAGCCGUCAUACCCGCAAAUGCCCAGUACUUGUGUUUGCUUGAAGGCCCGUUGAAAACAAACGAAAAAGUCCGUGUUGCAGCAGGACUUUCUACGCUCCCUAAAGUCCAUAAGGGGCUGGAUGAGGACGGCAAGGCCCUGGGUUUUGUGGCCUUGGAUGCACAAGCGACCAUCCAGCUGCUCUCGGCGUUCGAAGGACAGGCUUUCCAGCCGAGCAUCACUUGCAUGCUCCCUCCGGCCGCGAAAAAACUCUCCCAAACGACUCUUUACCCAUUCCUCGGAGUUGACACGACACUGCCGCAAUAUCGGCCACAGGGAUCCGGUUUCGUUAGGCCUAUGCAGUAUCAGUACCCCGUCGUCUACUUCUUCUACGGAACUUUGGGCGAGCCGGAUCGACUCGUGCGGCUGCUCGGACUGAAAACAGCACCAAAGUUGGAAGAGGCGACUGUGGCUGGUGGAAAAAUCAAGACUUGGGUGGGGGGAGAUAAGGCUCUGGUCGACGGUUCAUUCACUUCCCGUGUUCGAGGCGUUGCGUACGAAGUGGUGUCCAAGGAGCACGAAGAUGCCCUUCGACGGUAUGAAACCGGCAAAUAUGAAGUGGUCCGAUGCAACAUCCAUACCGAAGAGAGAGGCGUGGUACGAGGGCUUACAUUUCGAUUCCGGUGCUCGGACGAAGCGGCGUGA